GUGAAGUUAUUCUAAACAAACUGCGAACGGUCCACUCAAAGGUGUCCCGCGGCCAUCUCGCGCUGCGGACCUCUGACAAUAGACCGCUUUCAAUAGUCUGUAUACUGUCUAAACACUCUAAACCACGUGGAAACCAGAAGAAAAGCCCAGGGAGAUUCCAACAGACUUUUUCGGACCUCGUAGCCCGGACGAAGACGACAGCAAACAAAACCGUUCGAUUCAUCAAACACGCCGAUACGUACCCGCACAAUUUAGAAUUUUCGGACGUUAUACACGCUUUAAGAGGCCGUAACAUUUACGAUUUGAUAACAAUUUGA